UCCUUCUCGCCUUCUAACUUCUUCAUCCUUCAUCAUCCUCUCAGUCACUGCGGCUGUUGCCAACCUACCUGUCUCCCAACGUCUCCUAGAAUACUCCUUACUACCUUCUAUACCACUGAAAAACUUUCAUCGCGGUCAUCAUGCAGAUCUUCGUCAAGACUCUUACCGGCAAGACCAUCACUUUGGAGGUCGAGUCGAGCGACACCAUCGAUAAUGUCAAGAGCAAGAUUCAGGAUAAGGAGGGCAUUCCUCCUGACCAGCAGCGCCUGAUCUUCGCUGGCAAGCAGCUUGAGGAUGGCCGUACCCUCUCUGACUAUAACAUCCAGAAGGAGUCCACCCUUCACCUUGUUCUUCGUCUCCGUGGUGGAAUGCAGAUAUUCGUGAAGACCCUCACUGGAAAAACUAUUACCCUCGAGGUCGAGUCGAGCGACACCAUCGACAAUGUUAAGAGCAAGAUCCAGGACAAGGAAGGCAUUCCUCCCGACCAGCAGCGUUUGAUCUUCGCUGGUAAGCAGCUCGAGGACGGUCGUACUCUGUCGGACUACAAUAUCCAGAAGGAAUCUACUCUUCACUUGGUUCUGCGCUUGCGUGGUGGUAUGCAAAUAUUCGUCAAGACUCUCACUGGAAAGACAAUCACACUGGAGGUUGAAUCAUCCGACACGAUCGACAAUGUGAAGUCAAAGAUUCAAGAUAAGGAGGGCAUUCCCCCUGACCAGCAGCGUCUCAUUUUCGCCGGCAAGCAGCUCGAAGAUGGUCGCACUUUGUCCGAUUACAACAUCCAGAAAGAGUCUACAUUGCACUUGGUCCUUCGUCUUCGUGGUGGUAUGCAGAUCUUCGUUAAGACACUCACCGGCAAGACUAUCACCUUGGAAGUUGAGAGCUCGGACACUAUCGAUAACGUUAAGUCGAAGAUCCAAGACAAGGAGGGUAUUCCCCCAGACCAGCAACGUCUUAUCUUUGCUGGUAAGCAGCUGGAGGAUGGACGCACGCUCUCCGACUACAACAUCCAGAAGGAGAGCACCUUACAUCUGGUCCUACGUCUCCGUGGUGGACACUAAUGUCUUGUUUGAUUUUCUGCUAUCGCGACUCAACUGGGUUGAGUAGCCAUGCAUGGCGUUCGGUUGGUUCUAGGCUUUUAUGAAUAUGUUUCAACAGCAUACUGCUUUCUGUAUCACUACACGAGGUUGUGGUGCAUUACAUAGUU